GCUACCUGUGGUGACAUCAUCCGCCCCUAUGGCACACGGCAGUGACAUCAGCGCAUACCUAUCUGGGGGGAUGUGGACUCACGGUACAUCAUAGUGACGUUAGCGCGUUCAGUUUACAACGUACCAUGCCAAAGAUUGUUGACGCGAAUGAAUUUUUCUAACAUGGAUAGUUAUUGCAUUAACUUAGCCGGUAAGACCUACAAAAAUACCCCGAUACCAUAUUCCGACAAGACGUGUUAAUGUUAAAGCAUAACGGGGGUAAGGUUGUUUUUGUUUUUUUCUCCCGUAAUUUGUUUUGUUUAAUUUGCAGUGCUGGGUCUCUUUCUUUUAGUGCUGCAUGACUAACCUCCCUUUCUGGCCUUGUGACUCAUGCGAUGACGAUAGCGGAUGUUUAAAGACUUAUUGUGUAAAAAAGAAAAGCUUUGCUUCAAAUCAGAUCGUUGUUAUAUUCGUGCUCUGACUGAAUAACAUUUUUUUUAACACAAACAUUUUCAUAUCUUUGUGUUAUACUUUAAAAAAAAAAAAAAAAAAGAAAAAGUUAAAUUAAAAAAGAACUUUUUUUAAAAUCUUUUUUUUUUUUUUUUUAAAUUGAAUUAACGAAAAGUUUUAAGGAACAUUCGUUUCAUGAUUGGUUUGAUUUCCUGUUUGUAAACGUUCUCUGCGAAUAAAAGUAUCAGCAAAGACGUUAAGAUUGCGCGUACAAAAAAAACAACAACACAUUUUCCAUUAUGCCAUUGGUGCCAAGAGAAAAGUGCGUUUUCUAAGUAAAUAUUCUUUUGGGGAUUGCUUUGAAGCAACUGCGCAAUUUCGGCAAAUAUUUGACCUAUGUUAAUGUUACGCUCAUGCCAAAGAAAACAUUUGUUUGCGAUAGUAAUAAUAAUGGAAAAUAUGAAUCAAUCGACAGACUUUCUGUAGGCCUACUUGCAGCAUCAAGUACUUUCAGUAGAAUUUUCUUGAACUUCCUAUUUUUAACAUUAGGAAUUAUUUUGUAAAAUCAAGAAGCGUGAUCGAUUUUUUUUUUUUAAAAUGUGUACCAAAGUGGAGAAUGAGUUUUGCAAUGUCAUGCAAUGUUUAAUACAUUAUGUCUUCAAAUAUGUGUGCGAUGUUGCAUUCUUUUCAACAAAUAUAUUAUAUAUCAUAGGUGAAUUAAAUUAAAUUAUUAUCAUGGUUCUCUAAAUGAUUUUUUUUCCUAUUGUAACUUAAAUAAACAAAACUUUGUUAUAGGUGAAGCCACCAGUUCAAUUUCCCGUGAAGUGACGGCUUUUCAGCCCACUCCACUCCCCAAACACACACACACCCCCCACAAAGCCUCUUUCGACAAAAGUAAUUUUAUGUAAGGACUCAUACGUUAGUAAUUUUAUGUAAGGACUCCCAGGUUAGUAAUUUUAUGUAAGGACUCCCAGGCUAGUAAUUUUAUGUAAGGACUCCCAGGCUAGUAAUUUUAUGUAAGGACUCCCAGGCUAGUAAUUUUAUGUAAGGACUCCCAGGUUAGUAAUUUUAUGUAUGAACUCCCAUGUUAGUAAUUUUAUGUAAGGACUCCCAGGUUAUUAAUUUUAUGUAAGGACUCCCAGGUUAGUAAUUUUAUGUAUGGACUCCCAGGUUAGUAAUUUUAUGUAUGGACUCCCAGGUUAGUAAUUUUAUGUAUGAACUCCCAUGUUAGUAAUUUUAUGUAAGGACUCCCAGGUUAGUAAUUUUAUGUAUGGACUCCCAGGUUAGUAAUUUUAUGUAUGAACUCCCAUGUUAGUAAUUUUAUGUAAGGACUCCCAGGUUAGUAAUUUUAUGUAAGGACUCCCAGGUUAGUAAGUUUAUGUAAGGACUCCCAGGUUAGUAAUUUUAUGUAUGGACUCCCAGGUUAGUAAUUUUAUGUAUGGACUCCCAGGUUAGUAAUUUUAUGUAUGAACUCCCAUGUUAGUAAUUUUAUGUAAGGACUCUGGGGGGGGGGGUGGGGCACUGCCAGGAAUGCCAGUUGAUUUAUUGUUGGACAUAUUUUUGCUCCGGGGGGCACUUGGCUUUCCCCGGGGGCCCCCACCCCGAGAUCUAGCUGAAAGAAACCCUGGCCCCACGAUAAAUAAUUUGAGCAUGUACGUAUAACUUCCAGAAAUAUGUUGGAACGGUAGUCUCUAAUCAUUUGAUAUAACUUCUUUAUAACAAGACAUGGUCAUGUGUUGCGCUGCAUUUGAGGGGAAGCAGUGGAGGUGAAUCUGGCAUUUUAAGCCAACAAAUCCUAAUUACUUCAAUCGAUCAACAAAUUUAAGUCAACUAUUUGUUCUCUCUUUGGAUACCAUUAAUUUAAAUAAUUAUUUGAAACUUAAUUUGUAAUUUAUAACUUAGUAGCUUUGAAGUCUCGCAAUCGCCAGUCUCAAAAAUUGUUUAAAAGUUUGUCAAGAAUCAACGUUCCAUAGCCGAUCAACACGCAAACAUGGGGGCAUUGUUUUCAACCCACGUCUGCAUCCUAUUUAAAGGCAGCUUUUUCUCCCCAUUUUCGAUACGAAAAUUUUUUUCCCCCUCCUGUUUACACAUUUUUUUUCUUAUCUUAAAUUCUUUAAUUUAACAACACAUCAUGGAUUAUAAAAAAAUAUGAGCCCCUCAAAGUGUUGCAUAACAUACUUCCAAAACGCAUUUACCUAUUCAGUGGAUGUCCACAUGUUUUUUGUUUGUUUUUUUUAAUUAAUGGAAUCCAGACUUCUCAUACCUUUAAAAUAAUAGUUGUUUUUUUUAAACGGGUAAAACUAUUACCCCUUUGAAAUCUUUAACUCACUUCUGUUCACGAAGCAUUGAAUACAAAAUCACCCGAUGUAAACCACCCUAAAAUUUUAGGAUCAAUGAAACAGCUAUACACAUAUAGUCAGCCCUUAAUAAUAAAAAAAAAAUCUUUUAUUUCCAUUGCUUUAACGAGAAGAACUAAUUCAAAGAAAAUCUGUUUCAACAAAUGCUUUGAAGUAAAUAGGUGUUUUGAAGUGAUUAGGAUUUUUGUGUACCCCACGCCCCCCCCCCCUUUUUUUUUUUCUCCUUUUUUUUCUCUUUUCCUCCCGGUCCACUGCUUCACAGCCAAUUAAAUUUUUGUUUCAAUACCAACUAUUUGUGAGAAUUUCCUAUCAAUGUCUGGGGGGGGUUUUUUUUUUUUUCCUUUUUUUUUCUCUUUUCCUCCCGUUAAAAUGCUUAAAAGAAAAUAAAAUUUAUUUUAAAAUAACAAUAAAUUGGAAAAUUUAACUACCAAUUUAUGGGGGGGGGGGGCGGCAGAGUUAAAUUGUCGUCAUUCGCCUUUCAUUGUGAUUCAACAGUGCAGUUUCUUUCUUGCACGGAUCUACGAAUGACUCGAGAGUCAGAUCAUCGAGUGGCAGUUUCUGAUGCACUUUUCACCGGUCAACCAUGUAGUGGUCUCUUGUUCUGUAGACCUUAAUGCAAUAAUGAGAAUUUUGUUUGAAUUAGAGCAAAAUCAGCACAAAUAGUGUGUUGCAGUAUGCAUGAAUCGCUUAUUGUUAAUGGGCCGACCUGCGCAGUUAGUUGGAGAUAUUUUACAUAGUACUGUCGUCGGUGUUGGCAAGAUAUUUUGAGGGGAGGGGGGUGGCAAGGGGGGGGAUUAUCAAUAACACAAUGUGAUUUUUUGUUGUUUGGAAUGUUUGACACAUUUUUUUCUUCUUCUGAUGGCUAACAUACACACAAACGCACGAACACACACAUUCGUACACACGCCCACACACACAUACAGAGGCACACUUCUUUCGGUGUCGAACCCCUGUGAGGGCGUCAACUGGUGCGGUCCGCACCACCCCACCCCCUAGUGACGCUACUGGUGAGGGCCCCACUUUAACAACUUGAGUUAUUAUUGUUUUUUUAAUUGAAACAUGACUUGAGUGAUCAUUGACUUUUCAAGUCUCCUUCUUUGAGAGAUGUAUUUUUUUAAAAAAAGUUCCCGAUGUCUUAUUUAUGAGGUAUUUGAUCUGUUGCCAAUUGAAAGAUUAUCUGUUACCAAUAGGAAGAUUAUCUGUUACAAAAGAAAUAUUUUAUCUGUUACCAAAUUAAAAAUUAUCUGUUACCAAUAGGAAGAUUAUAUGUUACGAAUAGGAAGAUAAUCUGUCACCAAUAGGAAGAUUAUCUGUUACCAAAGGAAGAUUAUCUGUUACCAAAGGAAUAUUAUCUGUUACCAAUAGGAAGAUUAUAUGUUACAAUAGAAAUAUAUGUGGCCAAUAGGAAGAUUAUAUGUUACCAGUAGGAAGAUUAUCUUUACCAGUAAGAAUAAUAUGUUACCAAUAGAAAGAUUGCCUGUUACCAAUAGAAAGAUUGCCUGUUAUCAAUAGAAAGAUUGCCUGUUACCAAUAGAAAGAUUGCCUGUUACCAAUAGAAAGAUUGCCUGUUACCAAUAGAAAGAAUCAUUGUCUUCAUUUGUGCGCCAGCGCCAGGUAAUGUUUAUUUAUUAAUUAACCCAGACAAGAGCCUUUAAAAACAACACCUUUCAAAUAUCUUCCAGGAAGUGGGUUCAACCCCCCCCCCCCCGCUCUUCCUCCUCACACGUUUUCCCAUCAUGUUUCUUGGCCCACGUUUCUCCUUGCUGGCCUUAGAGCCUUUAAAAACCCCACCCUUCAAAUAUCCUCCCGGAAGGGGGUUCAACCCCCCCCCCCCCCGCUCUUCCUCCUCACACGUUUUCCCAUCAUGUUUCUUGGCCCACGUUUCUCCUUGCUGGCCUUAAGUCCUAAGCACUAAGCGUUGACAUACUACCUCGUGGAAUCAUCCUGGACUUGCAUUACUCUUGGCUAAUAAUACAUUUAUAAGAUUAUUAUUGUCAAAAAGAGCUAAAAAUCGUUAACCUUUAAAAAAAAAAAUAAAUGGAAACGGAAAACGGCUUUUGAAUGAUGAUACAAAUCCCACUUGAUGCUCGCAUGAGUCAUUAUUAUGUGUUUACACAUUCACUUACUCUAAAGUCUAAAUGAUAGGCCUACCAGGUGCUGAUCCAAGGGGAUUAACGAUUUGUUAAGUCGACUGUACUAACUGAACGGAAACAGCCGCUGUAAACACCAAGGGGGCAGACACAAACGUUUACCUUAUGUGGGUGACUCACUGCGAUCUUUGUGCGUGACGUGUUUCGACUGUUUGUCCAAAGUUGAUCUCGGCCCCCCGCUCUGGGACGGAGUCGGUAAAGGUUGUGCAGAUUUUAAAACAUCGCAGUGUGAUGAAAAUAUUGCUGGGUCUUCGCCCCAAGCAAUGGCAGUGACUAGAGAGAUAAGAAUAUUGCUGGGUGUUCGGUCCAAACAAUGUCAGUGAGAUGAAAAUAUUGCUGGGUGUUAGGUCCAAACAAUGUCAGUGAGAUGAAAUAAUUGUUGUGAGAUGAAAUAUAAUCCGAAGACAUAAGUCCGUGAGACCUAAGUAAGUCCGUAAGACCUAAGUAAGUCCGUAAGACCUAUGUAAGUCCAUAAGACCUAAGCCCAUAAGACCUAAGCCCAUAAGACCUAAGUCCAUAAGACCUAAGCUCAUAAGACCUAAGUCCAUAAGACCUAAGUCCAUAAGACCUAAGCCCAUAAGACAUAAGCCCAUAAGACCUAAGCCCAUAAGACCUAAGUCCCUAUGACAUAAGCCCAUAAGACCUAAGUCCCUAAGACCUAAGCCCCUAAGACCUAAGCCCAUAAGACCUAGGUCCCAACUAUGACUUGAAUCAAAUGCUGACGAGCUCACAGCUGAUUAAAUCUCUGGAAGAUCCCAAUACCAGUAAUUCACAAAGAAAAAGUUGCCAUUAGAGGCCUACUCAAAGUUAUUUUCUGAUAUCAGCCGAAACCGAAGCUAGGCCGAAAUUUAAAAAUGACUAUCGGACGAAACCGAAAUUAAACCGAAAGUUAACAUUUCAGUUUCGCCCAAAGCCGAAUUUAAACCCGAAAUUUAACUUUUUGGUUUCGGCCCAAACCAAAGCCGAAACUGAAAUAUUUAGGUAUUUUGAAAUUUGUCCACGCAUAAAUUCUACAUACAUCAAAAAAUGAUAGGGGAAAGUAUCAAUAUCUACAUUUUUUUUUUUAAGAGAUCAUUGUGAAUAUUAAUAAAUAAACAUUUAAUGAAUACUUUGGCCUUUAAUAUUUUAAUUGAAAAUUAAUUUAAAUUUCUUUAAAAUGUUUUUUAAGUAGUAUUAUAAUGGAAAAUUUCGAUAGGGAUGGGGGAGGCAAAAUUCAUGCAAAAUAUACCCUUGAGUACCCUUUGAUUUUAUAAUAAAAUUAUAAUCUAGAACAUAUACCUAUAAUAAUUAUUGUGGCUAUAAUAAAGCCAAUUAAUUGUCACCUAAAUAUCAGUUAUUACGGCCAUAGAAAUAUCACCACAAUGUUUCGCGGUUUUCGAAAUACUAAUGCUUUGUGUUUUCAUAAAUAGCUGGCAAGAUAUCCCUGUAUUAAUAUUUCGCCUAGUACCAACACAUUAGUCUUACCGUUUUGGUGACGUAAUAAUUUCGUUCGGUGACCAACUUCCCCCACCUCCUUUGGUGAGGGAGAUUUUUUUAACCGGGUCUCUUAAAACAGUUCUUCUGACGGAUCUCGACGGAAAAUCGCAAGACAUCUAAAUUGGUCGCCGAAAUCAUAAAAGUCAACAGGUCUGCUGUAGGCCCACUACAUAAUUAUAAUACAAGCCAGUGAUACAUGCACACACUUAUUAUUUCGUCAAUAACAAUGUUUAUGAGCAUGAUAAUGAUGGAUUUCAAGAAAUGAAUGAAUUGAAAAAGCAAAGUUUUCCUUAAUUAAAAAAAAUAAAAAUAAAACAAAAAUAAUAGGAGAAAUAUUACCAUUCUCUGGGAUUAUGCAAUAUUAUUCACCUUUGCGUUUGACAAAAUUGAUGAGUAUGAUAUUGAUAAAUCAAAAUGAAUGUCACAAAUGAAGAAAUUGAAUAAACCUAGGGUUCCAAAUUUUUUUUUUUUUUUUAAAUAAUAAAAAAAAAUAAUGCUCUAAAACAUUACCAUUCCACUAGUUUUUUUUUCCACAAAACUAUUUACAUUUGCUUAGGCCUAAUUGAAAUUUAAUUUUUUGGAAAUAAAGGAUAAGCAGGUCAUCAUGCAGCUUUGAGCAGUUUUCGCAGAGUAUUAGUUAUAUAACAUACGAUGACAGCUAGACGCCCAGCAAUAAUGAAUAUCGGAUUGCCAGCCUAGAAACAGACGGACAGCCUGACAUCUGGUAGAUGACCGACAGUCACUUUCGGCCAGAUGGCCGAAAGUCCCUAUCACUUUCGGCCGAAACCGAAAUUAAUGGGUUACACUGUUUUGAAUGGCAUCUAACGCCCCGUGCGUCAUCGCUUAGAGCAGCACUGGGUUACACUGUUUUGAAUGGCAUCUAACGCCCCGUGCGUCAUCGCUUAGAGCAGCACUGGGUUACACUGUUUUGAAUGGCAUCUAACGCCCCGUGCGUCAUCGCUUAGAGCGGCACUGGGUUACACUGUUUUGAAUGGCAUCUAACGCCCCGUGCGUCAUCGCUUAGAGCGGCACUGGGUUACACUGUUUUGAAUGGCAUCUAACGCCCCGUGCGUCAUCGCUUAGAGCGGCACUGGGUUACACUGUUUUGAAUGGCAUCUAACGCCCCGUGCGUCAUCGCUUAGAGCGGCACUGGGUUACACUGUUUUGAAAAAUGAAAAAAAAAACUUUUAUAAACCAGUUAUUGGAGAACUAAUUUAGUUUUUUUUUUUAUUUACCCAAACAUCAUUUUCUCUGUUGAACAUCUUUCUCCCACAGUUGCAUGUCUUUAUAACUAAUUUUCCGACUUAUCUUCAUUGCAGAGUAGCACACCAUGCAGCUGAUAACCGCCUUGUCGGAGACAGAUAAGGAAUGUGAUGGACAGAACAUCCCCAUGUCCAACAACAUCGCAGGCAGACCGACGCAGCCCAUUUUCAGCACGUCCAACACGGCCCGCGGCCAACUUCACAGUUUAUGCAGCAAUGUGGGAGGUAGCACCAGCUCGCCCCGACACAGCCCUGCCAAGGUAGUGUACAGACCCACACACACUCAAAUCAAACGUCAUCCCAAGGGCAACGAUUUGAAUCAUAACCAUUCAGGGGGGGUAGCUCCCACAAAUGAGCUGAUUAACUCCCCUGAACUCAGUCUUGUAAACGUUUACAUCGAUGAGGCAACUUACCCCAAGAGGCCCUUGUCCGCCCCGGCUGUGGUGUUAAAUGUCCCAGUAACAUCAAUUACUUCCCUGGAUUCCACGACGUCAUUGAGAAACGCUGCUGGAGCUUCAUCAAAGCUGCGAAACGAAAAUACCAUGGCAGACAGGUUACAACAACCACAAGAAUGUAGAAAUGUAUCGGAAAUCCAUUUUUUGAAUCACAAUGCAUUAGAAUUAGAUCGCUCAAGACCCGAAGCAUUCACCGAUAGUGUAGUUGGUACUCCUGCUUCAGAAGCUGCAAAUAAACCUUAUAUCGAUAGCUAUGAUGAAAACAUGAACCUUUCCGAUACGGUAAAUAAUAAUUUGUUUCUUCCUGAUGAACAAUCGAACAAUUUAAGACAAACUGAAGAAAGACACAGCCCAGAAAGGUCAUGUCGUACAAUACAUAUAAGUAAAAAUGGAGCUGCUUCCCAGAAUACGGUUUCAACAUGCGACACGGGCUCUGAUGUACAUAUUUCUUCAGAGACACUUUAUGAUCUCAACUAUGAGUCUACACCGAGAUCGGGUUACUGGAUAAGCUGCAAUGAAGUGAGCUUGUCUGACUAUAAAAACCCACCUAUCUGGACGUCGCUGGCGCUUAAAGAGAAUCACUGUAACGCCGCAUCAGUCAUAGUCCCUCUACCCCAGCACAGCACGACAAGAGCAGCCACUGUCCAUUGUGAUCAUUGGUUUGUUCCCAUUCAACGCCCUGGUCAAACGGCGCCCUUUCUCCACACCGAGAUGGCAGCAUGUCCAUAUAGCGAAACCGGCAGCAGAGACACGCCAAAUCUAGAGGAUGCAGAAGUGAGAGUUUACUUUGAGAGACAAAGAUUUGAGUUAGAGCAAAGCCAACUGAGCAGCAACAGAUUUCAAUCAGAGGAAAGUCCCCUGAGCAGCAAUAGAUUUCGGAUAGAACAAAGUCCACUAAGCAGCAAUAGAUUUCAGACGGAUCAAAGCGCCACGAGCAGCAAUAGUUUUGAGUUAUUAAAUUUGGGCAGCAACGGAUCUCAAAUAGAGAACUUCCAUCUCAUGCAUGUGCCCUAUUUGGAUCUUACGUACAGAGUGAACGAUGCCUGCGAAACCGUGCCUGCCUGCGAUGGAGAUUUUCUUGUCAGUGCUAGAAUGGAGUUUUCACCGACACUAGUCAACCUGCAAUGCUUCCUUCGACUCUUACCGUCGAUGCAUAAAUGUAGAAACCAGCUUUCCGAUAACCUCACGCCCUUAUAUCAUGACGACGGUGGGAACGACUGGCUAUCAGAUGAAGAGGAGUUGGACUUUGAUGAUGAAACAGGCGGUGAUAUUAGCUCAACACAUCGGCCUACAAAUCCAGUGGCACAUGUGCUGUGCAGUGGAGGAAGUGAGGUACGAGGGUAGUUUAAAAAACAUAAAUUAAAUUUUAACGGAAAACUAAUAUGAUUCUGUCAAUUUUAUAUGCACAAUAACCCUGGCGCGCAAAUAACAUAAACUGAAAUAAAUCAAACAUAACUUUUACAUAUCAAGACCCGUAAGGUGGGUUAAUAUUAGUCUAUCUUAAAUCUAUUAACAUACUCCAGUAAAAUUCAUGGCAACUACACCAAGCUGUCUUUAUCGCUGAGUUAGUCAGUAUUUUGCUUUUUGUGUUAAUUGAUUUUAAAACUAGGCCUAUCUAGUCUCAUGUGUAAUUAUUGUUAAUCUACACAAAAAUAAAUAAUUAUUUUCUCCAAAAAUUAAAAAAAUAAAUAUUCUGCAACAUUUUAAAAAAAAAUAUUCUGCAAUAUUAAAAAAAAAAUAUAUAUAUACUUGAGUAAACUAGAUUUUUUAAAAAUCUUUUUUGAAUUAUCUUAAUUAAGCCAAAGUGGAUAAAGUAACAUCUAUUCCAGUGGUUAUUAAACUUUUUUCGGGCCAUCGCCCCUUUUGGGGCCAUAAACUCGCCCUGAACGCCAUCCCACCUAUUUUUCGCCAUCAUUAGCAUGAGAGUGCGUACCGCCCUCUUUUUAGAUAGACUUCAUCAGCUUUUUAAUUAAAAGAGACUUCUUGGACCAUUUCUAUGCGUCUUUUUGUUUGUUUGUUUUGUGUGUUGCUCUUAGCAAAUCUGAUCAUCCGCACCAAAGACUUUGAGUUGAGAAUGAAACAAGAAAGUUCUAAGCCCCUUCGAGGUGCAGAAAUAUGAUAGAAAAAUAAUUCAUAAUGCAAACAAAAAUAUUUUGGUUAUAUUUCUUAAACUCAGUAUCACGUUUGGCUGAAUGGGUCUCCUCCAUUUCCACCAACUCUCCUCGCUCAGAAGUGCUUGAAAUAGUAUAACCGAAGAAGCCCCUAUAUUGCGCUUUAAAAUUGGGUUAUUUUUGUUCUGAUAUGGUUUUUAAAAGAAAGAUUAUCUUUUGCACUUGAAACACUAGUCUUACUGAAUAGAGUAAGUGUAGAAAUAUGUAGAAUAACCUGUAUGAUGUCUUUGGGGUCAAUGCCAUGAGAUCACGUUUACCGACGGACAUCAGCAAGAAGGAGCAAAAUCUGCAUUAUGCCCAACACAGGGCGUCAGAAAUAGUCAGUCAUUGCCACUGUUUAAUUGUAUGAUACUGUCGUGAAAAUACCAAUUUAUACUACUUUAAUAGUCUAUUAAACUGUGAUACAUGUUCUAGACGUAUCUAUGACGUGUUAGACUUCGCGAAGAGUUGGUGAGAUCAGUUUUUCGUGAAUUGUUUAUGAAUUUCACAAAUUCGCAAUCAAAAGUACAAUUUUAUCGUGGUUUUGAUGAGCAUCAUUUCCAAACACAUUUGACAGUUUUUGACUCAUUUAUAAAGUUUAUGUAAUACUAUUUAAGUGUUGUCAGGUAAUAUCGCCUCGCUAAGUAUACAUAUAAUGCUGAUAAUUAGUUAGGUCAAAGGUCUUUUUAUGUUCUCGUUAAGUAAAAAAAAAAAUAAAUAGUGUGUGAUGUCUUGUCACGACUCUCUGUCGUUACCCUCAUAUUCAAGGUCAUGUAGCCUAAGUAAUGUUUAAAAAGAAAACUAUCAAGAAUAAUUAUUUCCUUAUUUCACAUAAUUAAAAAAAAAAAAAAUUAACUUUGAAACAAGUUUUAAGAUCGUUUUCACAACUACACUAGUGCCACCACCACUAACGUACAGUAUUCAGAUCGCUCAAUUAUUUAGGCCAGGGCUACACAACAUACGGCCCGCCAGCACCCACUAAAUAGCCCAACCCCCCACCCUAUUUUCUUUCGGCCCGCACAUGUUUUUCAUAAAGUAUUACGGCCCACCAUACAUUUUGAGUUGUGCAGGCCUGACUUAGGCCUACAGAUAGGUUUACAUCGUACUUAUGACCAUUUAAAAAAAAAAAAAUCAAAUUUUGAGCGUUACCCAGCUGCUAAAUGUUAGUGCUAGUGUCAUAAUAAAUUAUAACGUCGUUUAAAAAAAAAAGAUUGUAAGAGAGAGUGUAUCUUAACUGAGAAUAUUGAAAAAGACUCGAUGUAUAUAAAUGCAUUGUAUGUAGGCUCUUGUCGUUGGAAAGUAAUACGCUGCUUCUAUAAACGUAACGUGCACAAUAAUGACAAUAUCAUUAUGUUUCAUAUCUAUCGUAUUUGUUCGAUGUAUAUAAAUGCAUUGUAUGUAGGCUUUUGUCUUUAAUGUUGGAAAGUAAUAUGAUGCUUCUAUAAAAGUAACGUGCACAUUGUGCACUGCACAAUAUCAUUAUGUUUCAUAUCUAUCGUAUUUGUUUGGCGGUAUGAACAUUUUUCUGAUUAUAUUUUUUGCAGCACUUUCUUCCUGUGAGAGAAACAGUUUUGGACAGAGUCUUCCAUGGCUAGGGAAGACAUGACCAGCGAGGACUUGACCAGCGACGACACUAGAUAUAAAAUAAUAAAUUGACUAACAAGAAUCGAAUUGUAAAAUAAUCCAACAGUAUUAUGUUUAUUUGUAGUUGAGCUUCCUAAACAAAACGGGAAAUUCUCUGAGUCAUUAUCAUCAGGCAAUACAUUUCCCAGGAAGGUUGUCAGAAAAUCAAGAUAAAUUGACUGACAAAGCCCACAUUUUUUUUUCUUUCAAAUAUUAAAAAAAUAUAGAAUGUUGAAAACUUAAGUGUCUAAGGAUUUGAAAUGUCCUCUUUUUUGCUCUACACGUUUGUGGCAACGAACAAACUAUGGAGUAUAUUUUUAGGGACAUAGAUAGCCCUGAAUACAAUUCUCAGUUUAUGACUUACGAUAUAUUAUCCUUUAAAAAAAAUUGUAUGUAAAGCAGUAGCGCAUCUUGGGUUAGUGCCCGGGGGGGGGGGGGGGGGGGGGCACUUUUUAAGUUUUUUNCCU